GUGAUCCAGAAGUCACUGAACUAUGAGUUUCUCUGUGCUGGGCUUGACCAGAAAUCUUCAUGGCAUCUCUGGAAUUCUUCAACUGGUCUUCCUGCUCAUUCUACUUCUGUUACUGUUCAAAGUAGUACAGUUCUACCUAUGUAGGCAGUGGCUGCUUAAAGUCCUCCAAGAGUUCCCAUCCACGCCCUCCCACUGGCUUUUUGGACACCGUAUGAAGGACCAGGAGCUCCAGUAUGUUCUUAUGUGGGUAAAGAAAUUCCCAAGUGCCUGCCUACAGUGGCUCUCGGGGAGCCAACCACGUGUCCUGGUCUAUGACCCUGACUAUCUGAAGGUGAUUCUUGGAAGAUCAGACCCAAAGGCUUCUGGAAUUUAUCGUUUCAUUGCUCCCUGGAUUGGCUAUGGUUUGCUCCUGUUGAAUGGAAAGAAGUGGUACCAGCAUCGGCGGAUGUUGACACCAGCCUUCCACUAUGACAUCCUUAAGCCCUAUGUCAGAAUCAUGGCAGACUCCGUUAAUGUGAUGCUGGACAAAUGGGAGCAACUUGAUGGCCAGGACUCCUCUCUAGAGAUCUUUCAACAUAUCUCCUUGAUGACCCUGGACACCAUCAUGAAGUGUGCCUUCAGCCACCAGGGCAGUGUCCAGUUGGACAAAAAUUCUAGGUCCUAUACCAAGGCUACCGAGGAUCUGAACAACUUGACUUUUUACCGAAUGAGGAAUGCCUUUUACCAGAGUAACACUAUCUACAACCUGUCUCCUGAUGGCCGCUUGUUGCACCAUGCCUGCCAGCUUGCCCAUGAGCACACAGAGAGAGUGAUCAAGCAGAGGAAGGCUCAGCUGCAGGAGGAGGGAGAGCUGGAGAAGAUCAAGAAGAAGAGGCACUUGGAUUUCUUGGACAUCCUCUUGUUUGCCAGACUGGAAAAUGGGAGCAGUUUGUCUGAUGAGGAUCUGCGUGCUGAGGUGGACACAUUCAUGUUCGAGGGCCAUGACACCACAGCCAGUGGUAUCUCCUGGAUCUUCUAUGCUUUGGCCACACACUCUGAGCACCAGCAGAAAUGUAGGGAGGAGGUCCAGAGCCUCCUGGGUGAUGGAGCCUCUAUCACUUGGGACCACCUGAACCAUAUGCCCUAUACCACCAUGUGCAUCAAGGAGGCCUUGAGGCUGUAUCCACCAGUACCAUCUGUGAGCAGAGAGCUCAACACACCUGUCACCUUCCCUGAUGGUCGCUCCUUACCCAAAGGUAUCAUGGUCACUGUCUCCAUUUAUGGUCUUCACCAUAAUCCACGGUUUUGGCCUAACCCCCAGGAGUUUGACCCUUGUCGAUUUGCACUAGAUUCUGACAGGCAUAGCCAUGCCUUCCUGCCCUUCUCAGGAGGAGCGAGGAACUGUAUCGGAAAACAGUUUGCCAUGAAUGAGCUGAAGGUGGCUGUGGCUCUGACCCUGCUCCGCUUUGAGCUGCUGCCAGAUCCCACCAGGAUCCCAGUCCCUAUGGCACGACUUGUGUUGAAGUCCAAGAAUGGGAUCCACCUGCAUCUCAAGAAGAUCCAGUAAAUUCUGGUGGAGGAAAGUACACCUUCGGUGGUCUGCUGCCUGCCAUCCUUUCUGCUUGUCACCUGCUUUUGUCCCUAACUCAUCUGUCCACCUCUUUCCCCUGCCCACCUGCCCUUCUCACCUGCUUACUCUUGUGUCUCCUCUCCUGUCCUCCUUCCCUUCCCUUUUUAACCCUCCUCCAAACUCUCUACUUCCUGUUUACUAGCUACAUUUAUUGUGGGAUAAAGGUUAAGCUUCUUAUAAAGCUUGUCUAUUUAUAUUUGAAUUUAAAUAAAUUUUUGAGAGAUG